AAUAUUAAUUCUUAUGGCUCAAGCUCCUGCGAGGAAACGAUUGAGGCAGAAUAGAAGCGAGUCUGAGGGGAGCCUUGACCUAGUACACAUGAAGCGCUUCAGGAGAAACUCCAGAACCAAGCUUCACGAGUCGUACAGACUCUUGAACAAAACUGUACUACAAUAUCAACAUCCUGUGACUGGACUGAUACCGGCAUUCCUAUAUGCUGAUGGUACGCCUGGCUGGGCAGCUAACGAUGCCUGGGUGAGGGACAACGUCUACAGCUGUCUAUCGAUAUGGGGCACGUCCAUAGCCUUCAGACGCCAGGCAGAUACUGAAGAGGACAGAUUGACAGCCUUCCAACUGGAGCAGAGCUCUGUGAAGCUGAUGAGGGGGUUGCUCAUGAGUAUGAUGUCUCAGGCGGACAAGGUGGAGAUGUUCAAGAAAACACUCAGCAAAGAGCACUCUCUUCAUGCAAAGUAUAACAUUAACAGCUGCUUGACGGUGGUGGGGGACCACAACUGGGGCCACCUGCAGAUUGAUGCCACCUCCCUGUACAUCCUCACUCUGGCUCAGAUGACAGCCGCCGGCCUACGGAUCAUUUACAGUCUGGAUGAAGUGGCAUACGUACAGAACUUAGUCUUCUACAUAGAGGAGGCGUAUAGGAUACCUGACUACGGUAUAUGGGAGAGAGGUGAUAAGACAAACCACGGUGAGACAGAGCUCAAUUCAUCUUCGAUUGGAAUGGCCAAGGCUGCUCUUGAGGCCAUCGGUGAGCUGGACCUGUUUGGUUCUCGUGGCAGUGAGGCUUCUGUGAUCCAUGUGAUGAACGAUCAGGUUGCACAGUGUGAUACAAAGCUCAACUCGCUUCUUCCUCGUGAAUCAAGUUCCAAGGAGAUUGACGCGGCCCUGCUCACAAUAGUUGGUUUCCCAGCCUUUGCCGUCUCUGAUCCCUGUAUGGCCCAGGAGACAAAGGAGGAGGUGAUCACAAAGCUGCUAGGGAACUAUGGCUGCAAACGCUUCCUCAGAGAUGGCUACCAGACAGCCAAAGAGGACUCUACCAGACAGCACUACGAGCCUGCAGAGUUGAAGGUGUUUGAGAAUAUAGAGUGCGAGUGGCCUCUAUUCCUCAUCCUGCUCCUACUGGACUCUCUUAUCGAGGGCAACCACAUCAAGGCUCAGGAGUACAGGGCACAACUCAAUAAGAUUGUCCCAGUGAACGAGGAGGGACUGGCCAUCGUACCAGAACUCUACCUCGUACCAAGAGAAACGGUUGACUUGGAGUACGCCCGCCCCCACAGUCAAUCAAGGGUGAUGGGUCCUAAAAUCCAGCACAUGUGGUCUCAAUCUCUCUUCAUUCUUUGUAACCUCCUCGAGGCCAACCUCCUCAAUAUUGGAGAGAUAGAUCCUCUCAACAGACGAUUUUCCAUGCUCCCUCGUCCCGACACACUGGUACAAGUUGUUGUGCUCUCGGAGGACAGCAAAAUGCGGCACAAACUUCGUCAGGUUGGCAUCUCCACGGAAACUAUCCGCCAUCUUGAGCGUGAGCACAAACACCCGGUCAAGAUCCUGCCUGCCAAAUACCUGAUCAAGGUGUACGAGAGACUGGGAGUGAGUCAGAAGAUGGGUCUCUCUGGACGACCCCCUCACAUGCUGGGAGUCAUCGCCACAAGCCAGCUAUACACUCACUCCAACCAGACUGUUGUCUUCACACCUCAGUUCCUGGACCACGAGGCUUUCUACAUGUGUCUAGACAAUCGUCUAUUGGCGGACCUCAUCAGAACUGACCUGGCCUACCUCAAGUCCAACUGGAAGCUCAUGGGAAGACCUACCAUUGUACUGCCACUGCUAUGGACGAUGCUGGGGGAGGAGUUGACGUGGGAUAAGUCACCCAUGAUCAAACUACUCAACACUCUCAACAGCGGCUACACGGCAGGGGUCAGGGUUCAAGUUGGCCUGAUGUCUGAUUUCUUCAACACUGCAAGCAUCAGAAACCUUCACUUUAUUAGUCGAUCGGAAGCAGUCAAUAUUCUAGACAUCUCUCUUGUGGACCAGAAGUCUUAUCGUAUGUCAGGGUUGUUCCAAAGAAACAGUACAUUGAUGGAGCACACUGGGAAGCCUCUUUCCCUCCCUCUGAAUCGAGCCCAGGACUCCAUUAGGAGGAGUAGGGUCACUCCCCCCACUGCCAGACGCUCCAUAUCUAGGGAUGACAAACGAGGUGCGAUGGCUAGCACACCAGAGGAGCCCAUGCUGAGUCUGAGAGUAGCCUCAGCCUACAGUCGCAGGAGACAAGGCAUCUCUGAGCGCCUUCGUACGGACCACACCAUCUCUCCGUCCAUUUCAUUCGGGCAGCUAGUUCGUAAAGAGAACGAGAGUCUGGCAGUGGAGGAACUAGUGAGGAGACUGCAGGUGGACAGUAAUAUCUUCAAUCAGGCCGACUACCUCAAUAGGAUCCAUGACAUAUGUGGUAUGGACUAUCAGGUGUGGAUAGAGGGUGCAGAGUGCACAGUCAGCAGUUUACUGGAUGAGCUCUACCAGAAGGCAGGAAUGUCUAACAUGUGGUCUCUGGUCCGCCACACUGCCGGUAUGCUGCACAAGAGAGUGGAGGACUUGGGAGCGGCUGCCACUGAUUUGCUUGUGAGACAAAAGAAUUUUUCAGUGGGGCAACCGAAUCAUGAAAUACACAUUGAGAGACCCUGCAAAUCACUAGAGCUGCUGGACAAGAUUGUAGCUGCUUGUGAGAGCGAUCACACUGCAGUGGCUCUGACACAGGAGAUCAUUGUGUAUCUGGGCAUGUUCAUUCGUUCUGAGCCGGAGCUUUUUACUGACAUGCUCAGACUGAGGGUGGGGCUUAUUCGCAACGUCAUGGUCUCAGAGCUCAGUCGCACAAUGAGCUGCUCAGUUGAGGACGCUGUGGAUCGUCUUCAUGAACUGAGUCCGUUUGACGUGAAGCACCUCCUUCACCUCAUUCUCAGCAGGAAGGAGUUCAGCGUGGGAGAGAUUCAGAGUCGUGAGAGUAAGGUGUAUGAUGGUCAGCUGGUCAAUUCAGUCGCUCGACAACUCUCCAUUGUGGCCCCUAGCAAGCAGCGUGUCAAGGGGAGGCUACAGAAAGACAUCAAGGAGCUGGGCACUAGUAUGGACGUGGAGAGCCCUAUUGAGCGACGACCCAACCGUCACCUCGACUCUGGUCACUGGCAACGAAGGAGGAGACUCGAUGGAGCUCUCAAUAGAGUGCCCGUCGACUUCUACUCCAAUGUUUGGCACAUUCUAGAGAGGUGUAAAGGUAUAUACUUUGCAAGUACAAAAGAAUCAGAGCUUCCUCAGCACCCAACCAUUCAAGAGAUGACGCCUGGGGAGCUCAAGUUUGCACUGCUGCUUGAGUCUAAACUGAACAAUAUUCCUGACCCGGAGUAUCGACAGCUGGUAGUGGAAGUUCUCAUGGUUGUUGGGCUGGUUGCCAUGUCUAGCAGUCAGCCCUCGUUUGGCCACUCCCCCAUCGUGGUGGACCACCUCAUCAACCUUGCACUCCACCUCUUCCUUCAAGACCAAAAACAAUGCGAGGGUCCGGCUACCAAGUGUUGCUGUGUUCAAAAGGGGAGCUGUGGAGGGCCAAACAAUAUCUGUGUGCAUUUUUAUGACAGUGCCCCCAGUGGUCGCUAUGGUACAAUGAGUUACCUGGCCCAGGCAGUGGCAGACCAGCUGAGAGGAGCACACCCACCUUCCGACCAGUGCAAGAUUAGCUAAGCUAGGACUAUUUAUAUCAAUCGACCUUAAUUUUAUUCAUAUAUUCAUAAUAAUUAUUAAUAAUUAUUGUUUGUGCUUGCUAGUUGGUUUGAUGUAUACUCUGAAUGCAUGUAUGAAUAUUCGCACAUCAA